AUGAUUACAAGUCGCCCCGCUACUCUGGCCGAUAUCCCGCAAGUUCGGGAUAUCAAUCACUGGUACAUUGUUAACAGCUGUUCCACUUUUGCGACUACCCCACCACCGAUAUCCCACUACGAGGAUAUCCUGCGGGAUCUGAUGAGAAGAAACCUGCCGUUUUAUGUGAUUGUGUCUGACACACGGAAGACACCAGACGGAGCAGAUCUGAUCCUUGGCUAUGCUUAUUUGUCUCCGUUCCGAGGUCAUUUGCUGUCAUAUGCACCGACCGUUGAGCUGUCCAUCUUCAUGCGCUAUGACCAGCAGCAAUAUGAAAGCUUUUUGCGUCUGGUGCAGGAGGGUGAAAUUGAACACCGCUGUGAGGAACGAGUGGGUGAUAUUCCACGCAUUGGAUUUGGUAGCUCUAUGGGUGUCAUGAAGACCUCUCUUGUUCGGAAUAUCAUUGCAAUCAUACCAUAUGACACUGAGGCUCCAAGUGAUGGAGAGAGACUGAGGCAAUGGUGCAUGAAAUGGGGAUUCAUUGAGAAAGGGCAAUUGGAGAACGUUGGGAGAAAAAUGGGUCAUUGGAUUGAUACUGUCUAUCUUCAAUGGACAAUGCCAGAGGAAAUGGAUAUUCAGUGA